UUCUUUUUUUUUUUUUUUGUUUCCCUCUCCCCUUCAUGAUUAUCUUUGAACAAAUGUUAUAAAUUGUAAAAAAUAUGGCUGGUACCACUGUAGCAUUUAUGAUUUGUUCACUCAUUUACUCUCUAAUAAAAAUAUUUACAAGAAAAUCAUGGAGUUCAUUAAUGUUUUGUCGUUUCACAAAAUGUGACAACGAUAAAAUAAAAGUUGUAUAUAAAUAUAGAAUAAUUGAUGAAGUUGCUGGUUAUGAAGUUUCUGAACAUAAUGAAUUUUGCUUGCAAGCAGCAACUGCAGCAAUUGAUCAACAAGGAGAUGAAUGUAUAACUACAAACAAUGUAGAUGUUUUUAAUGAUAAUUGUAAAAAUGAUAGUGAAUUUAUUUAUGGAAGUGAAGAAGAACUUGUUAGUGAUGACAGCAAUUCUUGUUCGAUUGAAGAAGUUCAAACAGAAGAAGAGAUCGACGUCCCUCCUAUUGUUGUUAACUGUCCUGCAGAUUUCGAAACUAAAAAAUUCAAACCUGUCACUAAAGAAUAUUUCUAUUUUGUUGAAGUAGACAAUUUAAAAAAUCUUAAUAAUUAUGAUAAUCGUAUCGGUGUAAGAAAAUCUAAAAAAAAUCCUUCUUCAAAGAAAAGUCCGAAAAGUCCUCAAUUUAACGAUUGGUAUGGGAAGGAUAUAAAAAUUCGUCCGUGUCCUAAAGAAUAUAAAAAACCAUGGUGGACAAGGGUUGACCCAUCGAAAUAUUAAAAAAAAAAACCAAGCGCAUCAUUUUUCGUUGAUAUUUUUAUAGAUUAUACUCUUCAUGCUCUUAUUGUACAGUUUUUAAUAUUUUUAUUUUUGUAUAAAUUUUUUUUUUUUUUUUACUUUUUA